UAUUACCCUCAGAGUGAUCAUCGUCGUCACAGUCACUAAACUGUUAACGCCGUCAAAAGAUUCCGUAACGGGGGUAAGUUCAACAGCUCCGGUUUGAUCGCCCAAUCAUAAUCUCCGCCGCUGACGUCAGAAUCUCUUCCUCUACUGCAAUUUCCAUCCAGAAGCAAAAGGAGAAAGCUUCUGAGACGAAGUAGAGAGAGAGAGGGGAGAAGAAAAGAAAGCAAUGGGUCUGAUUACGAAUAAGGUUGAGAGAGAUGAGCUUAAACCUGGAGAUCACAUCUACACUUACAGAGCAGUCUUCUCCUAUUCUCACCACGGUGUAUUUGUCGGUGGAUGCAAGGUGGUUCAUUUCAAACCUGAGCACAGCUUGAAAUCUCCCACACUCUCUUCUUCUUCUUCUUCAGCUUCUUCUUCUGUUUCAGAGCGUAAUGAUUCUGCAGAAGCUCCUUGCCCUACAUAUCCUGACUGUGGAUUCAAACAACCAAAGAGCGGAGUAGUGCUUUCUUGUCUCGACUGCUUCCUCAAGAACGGCUCUCUCUACCGUUUCGUGUAUGGAGUCAGCUCAUCGCUUUUCCUCAGCAGAUUCCGCGGUGGCACUUGCACAACCGCUCCAUCUGAUCCGCUUCAAACAGUUGUCCACAGAGCAAUGCACCUUCUCCAAAACGGUUUUGGUAACUACGACAUCUUCCAAAACAACUGCGAAGAUUUUGCUCUUUAUUGCAAGACAGGAUUGCUCAUUCUGGACAAGAACGGGGUUGGAAGAAGCGGUCAAGCCAGUUCAAUCCUUGGCGCUCCUCUAGCUGCACUCCUCUCUUCACCUCUCACAUUGUUGAUUCCGAAUCCUGUUGGUGUAGCAACAGUCACUGCUGGGAUGUAUUGUAUGAGCAGGUAUGCUACUGAUAUCGGUGUUAGAAACGACGUCAUCAAGGUUCCCGUUGAGGAUUUGGCUUUGAACCUCGGCAUUAAAACCCUUAAGAAAAGGUGAAAGCUUUUGACAUUAAGGGGAACACAGAUUCUACUAUGUCCGUGGAAGAGUACGUAAGAUUGGCCAGUGUUUAGUUGUGAUCUUAUCUUCCCCUUGAUCUCAUUUCUUGUUUGCUACGGUAUGAUGACACUGUAAGGACUCUCUUUGAUUCAUUGUGGAUUCCAACAUUAUCAUUUUCUUAGUUCUAUAA